AGGACUCAGAAAAAAGCUUUUCUUGAGAGUAACUCCUCUGCUGCGCAAUGCAAAGCCCUCCCAAGCCUCAGUUUGCCAGCUGGCUUAUAGAGCAGGUGGAGACGGGCCAGUACACGGGCCUGUGCUAUGUGGACCAAAACAGGUUCAGAGUCCCCUGGAAGCACAACUCCAGAAAGGACUGCAAUGAAGAGGACAGUAAAAUAUUCAGGGCAUGGGCAGUAGCAAGUGGUAAAAUAAACGAGUUCCCCAAUGACAAGGCCAGGUGGAAAACCAACUUCCGAUGCGCUCUGAAUAACCUCUCUGUGCGCUUCAAGAUGAUAAAGGAUAAUUCCAAGAAUUCAGACGACCCUCAUAAAAUCUACGAGAUUGUCAACACUGAGUACAACUAUGAAAGUCAGGCAAAACAAGAAGAUACCAACAUGAUUCCAGAUAUCUACAACUCGCCCACAGAGUACAUCCCCCCAGGAACUGAGCACAAUCUGCUUAACAAUCUCAUGGCAUUGGAUCUGGGAACCAAUCCAGCAGGGGAGCAACUGUGGGCAGACAACUAUGAUCCACAAAACACAGCCAUCCUGGAAAGCUAUCCUGUAGCAUCCGAGAUUCCCCCACAGCUGCUUCCAGAGCAGCCAGUUUACUGCGACGUAAAUCCAGCACAAGUCCUCAGUUCACCUCUGCAGCCCACCAUAUACGAUCUGGAGAUCUCCAUCCACUACAGGAAAAGAGAAAUGCUUAACACCAGGUUGUCAACAAACCGUCUGCAGCUCCACUACCGCUACGAGGUCCCUGAGCUCAAUAGCCAUCAUCUCUGCUUCCCCUCCACUGAGGAUCUACUGGACCACAAACAGAUUGAUUUCACCAACCGCAUCCUUAACAGCAUCCAGAGAGGUCUACUCCUUGAAGUACGGGACACUGGUAUCUAUGCCUCGAGGCAGGACAGGUGCCAUGUGUUCGCAAGCACCAGCGACCCCAGUGUGGCUCACCCAGAUCCAAGAAAACUUCCCCAGAACACCAUGGUGGAGCUCCUUAGCUUUGAGAAAUAUGUGCAUGAGCUAAAACAGUUUAAAGAGAACAAUGGGGGUUCUCCGGAGUACACCAUCAAUAUGUGCUUUGGAGAGAAGUUUCCUGAUGGAAAAGCUUUGGAGAAGAAACUUAUCGUAGUCAAGGUGGUCCCUCUGAUCUGUCGACACUUUCACGAGAUGGCCCAAAUGGAGGGGGCUUCGUCUCUUCACAGUGCCAAUGUCAGCCUACAGAUCUCGCACAACAGCCUCUAUGAUCUCAUUAGCUCUGUCUUUAGUCUGCCGACAGCUGAGCUAGACUCAGCACUGGCUGCUGAGCUUUAUUGAGAAGUAAUCUGAAAUCUUACCUUGCACUUGCCCUUUUUGGGACUAUUUCAACAACUGGGACCACAUGAUGCACCACACCCUGAAGCUUUGCUAAAGCACAGACAUGUUGAAUGUGUCAUAGUGGAAGAAUAGAAAUGAAUUAUUGCAUAAUGUUCCAUUACUGAUCAACUGCAACAUCAUCUCCUCUUCACUUUGUGUUCAGAUUAAUAGAAACUAUAGGCAAAAACUGACAUUUUUAUCACUACCUAAGUAGAAAUGGACUCCUCCACUAUUGGACUGUUACUUAACUUAAAGACAAUGACCUUGUGUUAGGAACAUACAUACAUACAUUUUUUUUACUGUUACAUUUUCUUGUAAUGAAAAGUUUUUCAGCUGAUAAAUGUAUGCACUAACCAAAUGAUGCCUUACAUGACAGCAAAUCCAUUCUAUGUGAAGCCCUUUGAUCCCAUAUUUAUUACGUGUCAUACAGCCUGUGAAGGCAACAUAUAUACUCAUCUAUGGUGAAUUGUUUUUGCACUUCUGAAUUUGUUAACCUUUUUGUGAUUUGCUGGUCAUCUUGCACUUUUAUAAAGCAUUGUUUGAAUUCCAAAUAAACGGUUUAAAGUUG